CAGAAAAACAGGUGUGUUAUGCUUGUGUGCAUUGCUGUAGGUAAUUUUGCUUAGCUGUGUUUAAAUGUAGAAUCGAAUUGAAACCAAUGGACGAAUCAAUUUAUAAAGACAAGUAUCAAAAGUACAAGCUGCGUGUCAAACUAUGGGAAAAAGAUUUCAAGAAGAAGCACGGCCGUGUGCCCUCGAAGUACGACAUAAGGGAGGCCAGUCAGGAGAUACGCGACUCCUACAAGAUGUACUACAAACUGAAGACCUCGUUUCUUGAGGAGACGUUGAACGAUGUGCUCUGCGAGGACGGAUUUGAUGUGCUGGAAAUGACGCAGUCCGAGGAUCUGGGCGUCACUUUAAUGGACCAGAGCCCCGAAACGGAGAGUGUCAAUGGCGGACCCCAGCUGCCGAUGGACAUUACAGCGCUGAUGCAGCAAAGCAAGGAGAACGCCUUCUCAAACAUCAAGGAUUUGCCCACGCCGCAGGCUCUGACGAAUCUUAUGAAUCGUGACGAGAAUCAUGUAAUACGCAAAUUUGAGGCUGUCGAAGAGCUGGCGCAGAACGUGAGCGCCUGGGGCGAAAAUGUGAGCAAGCAGCAGCCAGUAGCGGCACUGGUGACGUCGCCAACCGAGUCAGCCAAGCCGAGAACGCCCUGCGUGAAGCCGAGUGUCAGCAGCAAACUGUUUCAAUCCUCGCGCAGCUUUGCCAAGCGUAAUCCUCGCAAGCCGCUCUCCCGCGGUGCUCUCAAUGUUAGUGCCACUGGAUCGAUGGCUGGCGCAGCUGGAGAGCAAGAAGAGCAGUUGCCUGAUCUAGAGACCAUACUCAUACGCAAGGCGCAGGAGCACAAGGCAGAGGUGAUUGCAGCCAAUGCUCUGCUGCUUACCGAUCACAAAGGACCAGCAAAGGAGCCCAUUAAAACGCACGUCGACGAAGGUUGGCUGCAACGCAACACAGCUGAAAAUUCGCUGGAACAGCCAAGGAAACUGACGGUCAAAGAGCCCAACAACAAUGCGACUCCAGCUAGGAAAACAAAUUAUGGCUUGUCCAAUUUAGAUUUAAGCAAGCUAAGGGCAAUUGACUCCCCAUUGCCAACGCCUCUAGACGAGUCGAAGCCAGCGGAUUCAGUUGAAAAGAUGCAGGAGUCGCCUAUAGCUUCAGCCUCAGCUCCUAUUGAAGUUCCAGUUCAGGCUCCAGUUGAAGUGGCAAUGGAAGAAGACUUCGACUCCAAUUCCGAUUCUGUUGUGGCCGACAGCGAAGAGGAAGCGGAGCAGCCGGAGUAUAGGCACAUAGCCAAGCGUCGACGCAUCAUGCCCACAAGCGAAUCGCCAGGAACGGUGCCUGAAGUGGAUCCUCAUCCAAACGAUCCCGACACAACCGACGAAUGCAAGGAGGAUAAAGAUUUCUCAGCGGACGAGGAUGGCGACGAAAACUACGAACCAGAGCUGCCCAAGUCCAAGCGCAAGCAGGCCACGGCCAAAAGGCAGAAACCGAAGGCUGAAAAGAAACCCAAAGUGGAGAAGGCAGCCAAGCCCAAGGGCACGAAGGCAGUCAGACAGAAAGCAGAAAAGACUGACAAGCCAAAAGUGGAGAAGGCAAAAGCCAAGUCCAAGUCGAGAGCGAAAGCAGCUGCAGCUACAGCUGCCGACCAGGUCGAGGAGGAGCUGCAGGAGCAGCCAUUGAACCCCAAAGAUCUCAAAUAUGUGCUAGCGCUCGAGUCGGGCGAUAUAACCUGCGUGCCACGCAUCAAGCUCGACGAACUAGAGAAAGCUGACGAGACAGCUCAGCAGUAUAUUAGCAACUUUUCCAGUGGCCGGCCCACAGGGGAAGCUGCUGCCGCCUCCUCCUCUGCCUCUGCCUCUGUGAACGAGAAGCGAGCAGCUGCACGUCUGAAGCUGGAGGCGAGGAUCGCGGCGGGCAAGCUGAAUGAGAACUUUGUGACGAUCAACAUACAGAAAAAGAAGUUCUCGCGUGGCAAGAAGACCGUCAACUUCAGUAAGUACAAGAAGCAGCAGUGGAGGCACAAGAAGCGAGUGGCUGCCCUGGCCGGCCCCGACAUGGACAUGGGUGGCUGCGAUGGAGGUGUGUUGACCUGUUUCAAUUGCGGCCAGGUGGGUCAUUUCGCGCAGCAGUGCAAGAUCAAGGGCGAUACGCUGUUGCCGCUGAGCGCGCAGCUGGAGGAGGACCCGUCGCCAUUCCCCACGCUAGCUGAGGUCGAGAUGAUGGCCACACAGGGAGCCCUAGCGGCGCACAGUCGCAACAUUGAGCGCCUGCCACAGGCAGCCAACACAAAUGUUAUUUAUCAGCACGCUGACUCCAGCAGCAGCAGCAGCUGUGAUGAGGAGGAGAUUGCUGAGUCUGGCGAGAAUCCCUCUGCGCAGCUGAACAUGUCUAGUGAUGAGGGGGACAUUGAUUUCGAGGCCUUGGAUGCAGCUGUUGAUGCAGCACAAGCACAGAAAGUUGAAUCGCCCAUUAAGAGCUAUGUGGGCCAUAAGAUACCCGAGCAGUUCCUCAAGGAAGCCGGCCUGGAUGCUAGCGCAUCGAAUGGAGGGGGACCAGCACGAACUCAGCAUGGAGGUGUGCAGCCGCUCUACGAGCUCAAGGCGGAUGGCAGUUUGCAGGACCCGACAGACGAGGUCAUCGAGGCGCUGCACAUGUUUGGACACAGCAGCUUCCGCAAGGGUCAGGAUCGUGCUGUGAUGCGCAUACUCAGCGGCAUGUCUACGUUGGUCACCCUCAGCACGGGCAGCGGAAAGUCGCUGUGCUAUCAGCUGCCCGCUUACCUGUACAGUCGCCGUCUGGGAGCCAUUACAUUGGUCAUCUCUCCGCUGGUGUCGCUCAUGGAGGACCAGGUGACGGGUGUGCCGCACUUUCUGCGCGCCCACUGCUUGCACACGAAUCAAACGCCACAGCAGCGGCUCAAGAUUCAGCAGCUCAUAGCCGAUGGCGAGAUUGAUAUACUUCUCGUCUCGCCAGAGGCUGUGGUCUCGGGGGAGCGUGCCACGGGCUUCGGUGCGAUCUUGCGACAGCUGCCGCCCAUCGCCUUUGCUUGCAUCGAUGAGGCGCAUUGUGUUUCCCAGUGGAGUCACAACUUUCGUCCCAGCUACCUAAUGAUAUGCAAAGUGCUCAAGAAGAAUCUGGGCGUGCAGACGGUGCUCGGUCUGACGGCCACAGCGACGUUGCCUACUCGCAUCAGCAUCAUCGAGCAUUUGGGCAUCACGGAUGGGGAGCAUGGCAUAAUAAGCGACACACCCUUGCCCGAUAAUCUAAUACUCUCCGUUUCCAAGGAUGAGAACCGUGACGCGGCACUGCUGCAGCUGCUCAACAGCCAGAGAUUCGAGAGCUGUCAAUCGAUUAUCAUCUAUUGCACGCGGCGUGACGAAUGCGAGCGAAUAGCUAGUUUCAUUAGGACCUGCAUGCAGGACAAGAAAUCGAAUCAAGCACCCGACCAGACGAAGAGAAAGCGUAAGCGGGUGAACUGGCAGGCUGAGCCCUAUCACGCGGGCAUGCCCGCCUCUAGACGCCGCACCGUGCAGAACGCCUUUAUGGGCAACGAACUGCGCAUUGUGGUGGCCACCAUCGCCUUCGGCAUGGGCAUCAAUAAGCCCGAUAUUCGCGCUGUUAUCCAUUAUAAUAUGCCGCGGAAUUUCGAGAGCUAUGUGCAGGAGAUUGGACGCGCUGGACGUGAUGGUCUGCUGUCGCAUUGCCAUCUGUUCUUGGACCCCAAGGGCGGGGAUCAGAACGAGUUGCGUCGACAUGUGUAUGCCAAUUCCAUCGAUCGCCAUGUCAUACGCAAGCUGCUGCAGCGCAUCUUUGUGCCCUGCAGCUGCGAUAAGCAGCUAGAUGCGAAGAAGAACUCUGUGGAACCUAGGGCUGCAAGUGAGGCAGGCACACGGGAGCAUAUCUGUCCCGGACAUGAGAUCGGCUUCUCGGUGGAGAAGACAGUCGAAGCGCUGGACAUUCCCGCCGAGAAUAUAUCAACGCUGCUCUGCUACAUGGAGCUGGAGCCACGCUGGUGUAUGAAUGUGCUCAGCUCGGCGUAUAUCAUGGCCAAAGUGAUAUCCUACGGCGGCCCCAAAUAUCUGAAACACGCCGCCAAAGAAUGUCCUCCCCUGGCCAUGGCCAUCGCGCUGCAGAUUAAGAACAAAACAUUCAAGGAGGAUGCAAACAUUAUAGAAUUCUCCGUCGUAGACAUCGCGGCCGGCAUUGGCUGGAACAGCGGAGUGGUCAAGUAUCAGCUAAAGAAUCUGGAGUGGAUGCAGGUCAAUGGCUAUCCAAAGCGUUCGCCCAUCUCAGUGAAUUUCUUUGACCUGGGCUUUCGCAUCAAGGCGCCGGGUGACUUCACAGAAGCAGAAAUUGACGAUGCCCUUGAUACGUUAUACACUCGAUCGGUUAUGCAGGAGCGCACUCAGCUCAUCCAGUUGCAGUACGUGGCUCAUGGGUUGUCCGCCGUGGCCUACAGCUCGUGUGGACAAUGCUGCUCUGUGGAUUUUCCCCAGGAUCGCUGUGCCCAGUUGAAGGGCAUUGUACGAAACUACUUCCGCAACGACUAUCCACAAGACUUGGAGCUAGAAAUUGAGCCAAGUGAUGUGCCGGAUGAUCAUAUUAUAGCUGAUGUGCAUGCUUUGAUCAACAUGUAUCCCGACAAUACGUUCAGUGGGCGCAAUAUAGCGCGUCUGUUCCAUGGUAUUUCUAGUCCGAAUUACCCAGCCGUCAUGUGGGGCCGUUGCAAGUAUUGGCGUGCCCACACCAAAGUUGAUUUCAAUCGCAUACUCAAGUUGGCCAACAUGGAAAUCGUUAAGCGGCGCACGUGAUAAAUUUGUUUUAGAGACUUAGUGUUUAUUUUAAUGUUCAUA